UCAUUUUUGGGUGAACUAUCCCUUUAAAGUAACCUAUAAAGAAAAUGAAUGCAUAGAUUUUGAUUUUACUGUCAACUAACAUUGUUGGUAAGCCAAAACCGAAAACAGACAAAACAGACCUUUGUUUUAUAGGACAAAAGAUAACUGGUGAGGUUUUUUUUUCUUUUAGUGUCUCAACCAAUGGUAGGAAAUGUGGUUAACAGUGUGGUAAAUCCAGGAAGUAUAUAAGGAACUGUUUUAGUAAAUGGACUGCAGAAAAAUUGUUAUAGUAAUUUUACAAUGAUUCCUUGGGCAUUUAUUACUGUUCUUUGUAUAAUAUUUUUCUCAGGCACUGCACAACAUCAUCGUAUUCAUCAGCCAAAUAAAGUCAUAGCUGUGGCACUUGGCGACACUGUGACUCUGCAGUGUUAUGCCCAUGGAGAUAGCAUAUUUUGGUAUAAGCAAAUAGUUGGACAACAACCUCAAGUCAUAUCAGCAUUUUUGAAAUUGUCAGAACCCAUAUUUUACAACGAAUUCAAAAAUGAUCGAUUCUGGGGCAAGAGAUUGGGCAGCAACUCUAAUCUGACAAUUUCAAGCAUCACUCAGUCAGAUGAAGCAGUGUACUAUUGUGGAUUAAGAUCAUUGUAUAUUGAGUUUGGAAGUGGAACACAUCUGAUAACUAAAGGUCGACAAAAUUUAGCAUCAAAUAUUUCAACGUCUGAUCAUCUGAAUGACUACAUGGAGUGUCAACAAAAAUGCUAUGAAAACAGUACAAAACAAGUCAAGAAUGGUAAACAAAUGGCAUUGUUUUCAUUCUUUUGUGACAUAAAUUUUAUUAUACCAAUCUCUUAUGUAUUAAUAAUAAACCUAGAAAGAUUAACUGCAUACAUUUCAGAAGAAAAGCUCUAUCCAGCAGUGCUUGGGUUGGCAUGUGCUUUAGGACUUUGUGGAGUUCUAGUCUUUGCUCUCAUGGGUUUCAUAUUUAGGAGAAGUAUGUGUGAACAGUGUCUGAUGCAAGGCUCUGGACAGGACAACCAAGUUAGAGGGCAGUCAAAUGCUCAGGAUGAGAAUGUGUCAUAUGCAGCCUUGCGAUUCAGUCGGAAAAAAAAUAAAUCUGGAGGAAAGAGAGGACAAUGUCAGCAGACUAUGAUAGUGUACACAUCUGAUUCUUUAAAUGUUCAGUAGGAGAGCUUCUCUGUUCAGUGCUGUAUAAGGUGUAAAAUGAUGAG